GUCAGCGGAAUCGGUUCGUUGUGGCAGACCCCGGCCGAGUUUGAGGAGCACUAUGGCGACGUGAGUCCCCAGUACCGCUUCCAGAGAAUAAAGUCAGGAUGCGGCGCUUGCAUGCUGUCGUUUGUUGGCGCUAGACGGGACCUGCUCGUCAUUCUCAAGGCCAAUAUGGAGGCGCGGGCGAAGCGGGAAAACCCAAGGCUGCUCGCGCUGGUCGAGGCCUGGAUGGACCUG